AUGGAUAAAACAGACUUGCAGAGAAGUGUUGAAAGCCUUCGCCAUCAGUUAAGUAUUCAAAGAAUACAAGUAUCACAGUCAGCUAAUGAAAUUAAACGAUAUAUAGAAAGUCAACAGGAAUCUGAUCCGUUGGUAAAUCCGGUUGAUAAACGAGUAAAUCCGUGGGCCGAAAAAUCGAAGUGUACGUUAUUGUAG